AUGCAGCAGCCACUGCAGAAGGAGAGGGAUACAGAAGCACACAGAGAAACAGUGGCGCGUGACGAAAUGGAAUGGAGGGAAGACCGUCACCAGACAGAAACUCUCCAGCAUACAAGGCUGAGAGUGAUCUACGACACAAUCGCAAGCUCAUUGCCAAAAAAAUCGCUGAAUGACAAUCUUUUUCAAGAAAUGGUUUUCCUGCCGGACCUAGUAGGAAACCUUCUGCGCAUUCGAUUACCAAAACCAGCAAUGAUUGCCAAUUUGGAAAAGCCUUUAUGCAGGUAG